AUGGUGGUGGAGCACGCAGGCGCACAGUCGGCUGCCGCUGAUCUGAUUUUCAACAUCAUGGAGGAGCAGCAGACGGGCACGUUAAUCGGGAGGUUAUCGCAGAACGAGAUCCUCUUUAGGGGCCUGACACAGUCGCAGCGACAACAGCUGAAAUACGAAUCCUCCGUACUUCCCGGCACAGGAGUCCGGGCGAGUCGUGCUGGAGUUGUCGAGCUGGCCACGGUGGGAACGGUGCUGAAGCUCAGCGGCGCUGCCGACCGGGACUACGACAGCAACAACACCGUCCAGCGCUACGCCUUGACUGCAUACACCGACGUCUUCGCCAUCUCCUCUUCCACCAACCUAGACGGCAGCUCGCUUCUGGACCUGACGCUGCUGCAGCCGCUAGACCGCGAGACGGUCAGUGCAUAUUCCUUCGCAAUCGUGGCUUACGAUGGCGGCUCGCCCCCGCUCAGCGCCGCCCUGGAAGUGGAGAUUCGCGUUAGCGACGAGAACGACAACGCUCCGGUCUUCCUGAACAGUUCGUACUUUGUGGAGAUUAGGGACGAAGUGAUUCUUGACCAGCCCUUGCUGCAAGUGUCGGCGCGAGACAUGGACGAGGGCGCAAACGGACAAGUGAUGUACCGGUUCAGCAGCCUGCAGCGCGAGCAGAUGGAGCAGAAGUUUCACGUGGACGAGACGAGUGGCGUCAUCACUGCUAUGUCCCCGCUGCAGGCCGGCCGGCAGAAUUUCAUCAUAGAGGCCCUGGACGGGGGGAGCCCCCCUCUGAAAAGUCAGACUGUCGUGACCAUCAACGUAGUCAGUUCCCGGAACAACCCUCCGUCUGUACAGAUCAACACCCUCUCCAAUGGCAGCAAUGCUUUCGUGGAGAUUCCGGAAGAUUCUGUCCCUGGCGCUUUCAUCGCUUUCAUCGUCGCCGACGAUCCGGACUAUGGGUCCAGUGGAAGUGUGUCAUGCUUGCUGGACAACCGCCUCCUGCGGCUAGGGACUAUCCAGGGCAAAGGCUACACGCUGACCCUGCAAGGCGGUGUAGAUCGCGAGAGGCAGGAUCGGUACAACGUGACCGUGACCUGCUCAGACAAAGGGGACCCACCCAUGUCCACCUCUAAGUCGCUUCUCCUCAUCAUCACGGACGUCAACGACAACGCACCAGUUUUCACACGCCUGGUGUAUUCACAGACUGUGUCCGAGGGCAUCUUCUCAGAUCGAUUUCUGUUGAAGGUCACUGCCGAUGACAUCGACUCUGGCAGGAACGCUGACCUCGUCUACAGUCUUGAACCCUCCGUCAGACAGACGUUUAGGGUCGACCCCAGCACGGGACAAAUCUCCGCCACGGGGGAGCUGGACAGGGAAACGACGCCGUUCAUCAGUUUCAGGGUCUUCGCCAGGGACAACGGAGACCGGCCUUUGACGGGGACUGCGGAGGUAAGGAUCACCCUUAGAGGAUGUCAACGACCAGUUUCCGAUGGCGCAGAGCCGUUUCAGGUGGAGCCCAACGGAACAGUUUGGAGCAGUGGAGGGCUGGACCGAGAACUACGGGACAGCUACACCUUCACUGUCAUGGUCCGCGACAAGGGCACGCCACCCAAGACCACCUACGCCAGCGUUGUCGUAACCGUCCUCGACGUUAAUGAUAACGUACCCAUGGUACAGUUCCCGCUGAGCGACAACCACACCGUACUCAUCUCCACCCCACCAGAGCCCGGCAUGGUCCUCGGCCGCAUCGUUGCGUACGACCCUGACCUCGGCCUGAACCGUGAGCUUCGCUUCGCCAUCGUGGAAGGCGACGAGGACGGCGCCCUUGACAUUGAUCCUUUUCGAGGAGAGGAGCACCAGCGGAAGCGCAAAGCCGACGACUACAUCAUCAUCGUGGCAGGGGUCGCCGGUACAACCGUUGUGCUCUCAGCUAUCAUCAUCGCCGCCAUUUGCUUUAUCUUUCGUGAGGAUCGAAGACAGAGAACUAAACACGCCCCUAGCUCCGGUCGAACAGGAAGCAGCGGCAAUGGCGGUUUCUUCCGGAAUUUGAACGUCCCAGAGAACCUCAGCGACGACGAGAAGCUGAGGCCCAACUACGACGACGACCUAGAGCUGAAGUGCAAGCCGGACACGCGUACAGAACGGAGAAAGGGUCCCCGAAUGGCGCAAGCGUAUCGCAGCAGCGGAGGGAAUCACUAUGGACUUAUGGGACCGGGCGACAGAGGAGAGUUCUUGAAGCAGCAGCAUUCUUUUCUGGUCAGACAGUUGGAUGAGGUCGCCAGUGAUGCCAGUGGCGACUCCGGUACAGGUGACAGCGGGCGAGGAGGGAGCGAAGAUGAUGUCAACCUUGAGCAUUUCUUGCAUGCGGAGAGUCGCAACACACUGAGCACAGGAAUGACCGGAUUAUCCCCCGCUCCUUCAGCUCCGCCGACAGGUGACAUUAGUCGCUUCCCGCCGCCCCGUGCGCCGAAGGGAGAGAAACUCCAAGCCCUACCACGUCCGGUUCGACCUUCCGCCACCGAGGGCAGCCUGCGCUCACCACGUGAUGCCACCUUGUCCAAUCGCAGAAGUCAGCCGUUUGUGGCAUCGUCCGCGGCCAGAGAGAGUCCCGCCAUCUUCGCUCGGGAUUCAGCGGGCUUCGUGUCACCAAGCUUUCGGCAGGUGUCUCUUUGCUCGGACCACCCGGACAGCCCUCGAGUGCUAAGCACGUUCACCACCCAGAAGCCGGUGUCCUUCACCUUCCAAAAGCCGGGUGGCUCAGCUGCAUCGAUGGAUGAGGACAUGAGCACGACCACUUCCGGAAGCUACACGGUCAACCCGGAGGAACUGCGCAUGGAAGGCUACGUGGGAGGAGAUGUUGUCGUGUAGAUUAUCAGGCAAACUGACAGGGGACGAUGUUUAAAAAGACAAGAAUGCUUUUGGCAAAGAAUUCUUCAUCUUUUUACAGGCAUUGUAGUCUUUUGCAUAACAAAUACCCAAAAGAUGAUUGAGUGCUUGCACCAAAAGAUUGAAAGGAAAAAUCCGACCGAAGGUUCAGCAGCAUGUGGUCCGAAGAUUCAGUGAAACUGGGUGUGACAAAACCAGUGAUGGUGUUCAGACUUUGAAAAGGGGGCCUUACCACAGUGACAAGGUCGUCGAUGAUGUAACAUAAAUGGAGUCGAGAGUUCUUUCGCCUUUUUUAAAAAAAAAUGGAUAUUGCUAGAACGCAUGAUUUUCCUGCCAGCGACUUGUUUUGGACACAAGAACCGAAAGAACUUUAACAGGACUGGUUGACGUGGACCAAGGACUGGUUUUCGGAGGAUUAAUCAAACACGAAAUGCCCUAAUGGUCAGCGAUAUUAGAGCGCACCAAGCGGCAAAACCUCUGACUGAAGGAUUGGAUACGAACGCCAGGGAAAAGGACAAGAUCGUUUUAACCAAACCCUCAAACCCUUUCCCCGCAUCUCACCUCCCACAGAGAAGCAACAACGUGGAGUACGUUGUGAGUAGGAAGACCACGUCACGAGCCUCGUCUUGACAUAAUACACUCGAAAGUGCGAGAAGACAUAAAGUUAUGGCGAGAAUUAAACAAAGAUAUCGACAUUUUCUUGUCUUGUGUGGUAGCCUGUGGAAGGUCAGUGGAGUGACUCUGGUUGCAGCCAGACCUGAAAAAGUUCAAGGAGCAGGAGAAUAUAUGGUCGUCGCGUUAUUCUGAGAAAAAAAUGAAAGGUGUCGUAACCAAGCCUCCCUUUAUAAACCCUGCAGUCACAUUUUUAUUAUCAUUUUUUUUUUCUCGUCGGCCACUAUCGUUUCACCAGGUGUCGCAGUCACAAGACCAUUCUGAUAGCAGCGCUGGCACCUGUCGGCGGUGCACAUGGCGCAACUCUCGUGACAGUGUUUUGACAUCAUAAAAGACUCAGUUCGACUCUUGGAGGAUCUAAAAAUAUUUCCUGCCAGAGGAGGACGUCAGAAGCGGGAGCGGCAAUGAUUAGUAGCAGACCGUCAGGAGCUCCGUCAUCCAUGCCUCUGGUAAUGGCGGCUUAUUAAAUGGUCGAGGCGGUCCGGGCCUCGCAAUGACUGGCGACCAAAGAAAGAAAAAAAAAGCUGGGCUUGUUUUAUGGACCGCGUUAGGUACAGAAAUACAUUCUGUGCGCGGAUGAUGACAGCUGACAGAAGGUAAAGAAGGAAAGUAGGGGAAUGAAUUAGGUCUCUAUAAUAGCCCAUUAACUGUGCAAUCGUUAAUUUUGACCUUUACUUGCAGAGCUGACCUUUCGCCUUUCACGAGAAAGAAGGAAAAAAAAAAGAAAAGAAAAGAAGAGAAUGUGGAGGAGAUGAUAAAGGACAGCUGAUCUAACGAAAAAAAGGAGAGAAGUGACGGGUUUAGAAACGUGCGUUUUUAUGUUGGAGCUAGCUAUCGCUUGUUGUGAACAAAAAUUCCUCUUCUUUUUCCCUUUUUGCCGAGGUUUAACAAAAUGAUGUGGCGACAACCAGGACUGUCACUGCAGAUUCCCGAUUGUUUUAUUUAAGCAUGCUUUCGAGUUCGGCCAAAGAAGAAACACUUCAACCAAUCGUGUUUGACGAUUCAAGAAGAUCUCGCCAAGUCGCUCACGUGCCUGCGCGCCUCGACACGCACAAACGAGCGAGCGAGACAAAGAAGAACGUUCCAGCAGGCUUGUGACGUCACGGGCACGAGCCCACUGCGCAUGCGCCGCCGCACGUGCGUUGACGAGGACGCCUUUACCUGAAGUCUCGCGUCUUAAGCGAGAGACCACGAGAAGAGAGCUCCGCUGUGAAGAGAGUUGUCGAGGACAUGCUGUGUUCAUCAUUUCUAGCUGCAGUAUUCGACGUGUUUAUCGUCGACAUCUUCUUUCACGUCGACAAGAUAAAUCCGUGGGGUCGUCGCCCCAUUUCUCUGCAAUAUUUCCCCUUGCCCAUUCAUCUCUCCCUGCGUGAGUGCGUUCGUGUGUAUGAAUGAAUGAAUAAAUAUACGUGUUUCAUUUUUUUUUCUGUCCGAUAUCGUUUGUUCAUUUGCCAAUCCGCUGUAGACGAUGAUCGCGGUCAAGGUGAAGGAAUUGUUAGCGGUGUUAAAAUCUACAGUUAAAGCAAAUAAUUAACUUUUGUCAGUUAAAGCCAGUUUUUUAAUGACAUUGCUGUGCUUUGUAUUAAUAUUGUACGCAAAUUUCUUUAAGCCUGUUGUCGAAGCAGCAAGAGAAGACUCGCUCUGACCCAACCUGCUGAGUCGAGGUUUUUAAAAAAAAAAAAGUUCUUUUUUUGUUGUUGAAGUAUCUUGAUGAAGUCUUUGAUGUAACAACAUAUUUUUUAAAAUUCAGUUGACUUCUGCUUCUGCAUCUUAAUAAGGAAGUGAGUGAUUGUGUGCAGGUGACUUUCUGCACAUUUAUGUGUGUGUUUUUAUCUCCAUCAUAAACCUUGUCUUCCUUUUUGCAUAAUGCCGACAGCGAGCUCCUGUCAGAGAGAGAGAAGGGCGAUUGAUGUGUGGGUGCGGUCGAUGAUGUGUGUGAUGAGGUCCUCGGUCUGUGCUGCGCACACAGCCGGCUGACCUGUGCUGCCAUAAAAUGUGACUCUUUGUCUUACAUGCUUUUAUGACAUGCGCGCGCGCAAGGCAGUUAGUGACGUCAUCGUCCGCGUGCCGCUCAUGUGAUCUACCCUGAAACUUCAUUGAUCUCAGUGGCGGUUUUUUUUUAAAGUAAAACUUGCACGUGCUUAUUGAUGGCGGCUAUUUUUAGUGCGAAGAUGCAAAUGCCAUCUUGCAAGAUUCCAAGAAGCCCUGAAAAUGAUGUGUAGGCAAGGGAAAAAACCGUGUUCUCCUACUUAAGGCAGCAAAACCACAUCACCAUUUGGUAUUGUCGAUAUCUCAUUAUCCCCACAACGUCCCCCGUUCUUGAUGUUGUCAUCGUCUUGAGUUUAUCAUUGCUUCUGACUUUAUCAGAACAUUUAUUUCGCCAGUGACAUGUAACUAGAAUGUGGCGCAUAAAGCAGAAAUAAUUGAAACUAAAUGUUCCCUGCAAAAGGGGGUUUGUCGGUCUUCGAUUUGUCUUUAUUAUUGCAGUCAUGACGCCUCAUCAUAGAAACAUUAAUGUGUUUGAACAUGGAUAUGGAGACCACUUUUUGGGGGGGUAAUUAUAUUCUUGUCAAGUGGAUUUAAUCACGUGGAAAAUUGGAAAUAAAUGUUUUAUUGAAUCCUU